AUGAUGCAUCCUUGUCUUUUUAUAAUUUUCUUAUUUCUCUUGCUACUCCUUGAGGCUACCACUGCCAACCAAUUGGUGUCAGUGGGAGAAGAAGGAAGAGAUGUUAACAAGUUCUUUGAUGUGGAGAGACGUGCUCUCCUUGAUUUCAAAUCUCACCUUCAAGAUCCCAAUGGCAGUCUUUCUACAUGGACAGCUGAAGAUGAUGAUGACUGUUGUACAUGGAGAGGAGUCAUGUGUAACGACCAAGGUCAUGUCACACAGCUUGAUAUUAGCAGCAAUAAUCUUAAUGGAACCAUUCACAGGUCCAUUGGUUCCUUGACCCAAUUAAGGUACCUUAGACUUUCUUACAACUCUUUUUAUGGAACCAUUCCUCAAGAGUUUGGAAACCUCACCAACUUGCAAGGGCUUUCCCUUGGAUACGUUGGAAGAUGUAGAGUUGAAAACAUACAGUGGUUGUCUCAUCUCUCUCAUCUGGAGGAUCUGAGAAUGGAUGGGAUUUCCCUUGCCAAACAAAAUUAUUGGGUAGAUGUGAUUUCAAGUCUCCGAAACCUAUCAUUUUUAAGUUUAGAUGGAUGUGAGCUGUCACAGGUCAUGUAUCCAUAUUCUUCUUCAUUUCUCAACUCUUCUUCUUCAUCUAUUGAAACCCUUUAUCUUGGAAACAACAAUCUCACCUCAUCCAUGUAUCAUUGGUUGUUCCCAUUAACCAGCAAUAAGCUUCGUGAUCUUGAUCUCUCUGGCAACACGUUAGAUGGGAUACCCAAAAAUCCUGGAAACCUAUGUACAUUGACCUCUUUAAAGCUGGAUAACAACCCAAUGCUUAUCAAUCUUCCUGAUUUUCUCUACAACUUGUCUCGAUGCACAUCACCUAGAUUAACAUACUUGUAUGCUUCUGAUAGCGAAUUUACAGGGUCAUUGUCUGAUGACAUCCAAAAAAUUUCAUCCCUAAGAUAUUUGUACCUAUCAGGUAAUCACAUAAAUGGAACCAUAAGCGAGAAAUUGUGGGAACUACCUGAGCUUACCACAUUUGACCUUUCUCAAAAUUCUCUUAGUGGUGCCAUUUCUGAAAAGAUUGGAAACUCGGGCGCUAUUAUUAUAAAACUAUCAAAAAACCCACUCCAAGGAGUUCCUUCCAUAGAUCACAUGUCAAACCUUUCUUAUGUAGAGUCUCUUGAUCUGAACUCUUGCAAGCUAGGACCUAGCUUCCCCAAAUGGAUUCAAAAACUCAAAAAGCUUACAUAUCUUGACAUUUCCAAUAAUGGAAUUUCAGACACCAUUCCUCUGGAUUUUUGGGACAUGUGGCCUUCUCAAUUAAGAUUUCUGAAUCUCUCAUCCAACAACAUCAGCGGGGAAGUACCAGAUUUAUCAUUAAAUUUUGACAACCAUUCAGUGAUAGAUUUGAGCUCCAACAGCUUUAACGGUCCAAUAAAAAAUGUCUCUUCCGCUGUGGCAUUAUUAAAUCUUUCCAGAAACAAAUUCUCUGGAGGAAUCUCCUUCUUAUGCCAAUUUGUCGAUGGCUUUUUAGAAUUCCUUGACCUCUCCCAUAACUCUCUAACCGGACAACUUCCAGACUGUUUGUGGCAUUUCAAAGAACUCAAAGUUCUUAAUCUAGGAAACAACAAUCUAUCUGGAAGGCUUCCUGCCUCUAUUGAAUCAUUGUUCAAACUUGAGGCAUUGUAUCUAUACAAGAACGGUUUUUACGGAGAAUUGCCUUUGUCUUUAAAGAAUUGCACGAGCUUAAACUCGUUGAAUUUGGGGGCAAACAAGUUUUCUGGUAAUGUGCCUGUUUGGCUUGGGGAAAACUUGUCAAGGUUGUAUGCUCUUAUCCUAUCAUCUAACAACUUCUUCGGAACCAUCCCUUUACAGUUAUGUCAAUUACCAAAUCUUCAAAUUUUGGACUUGUCAAGUAACAGUCUCUAUGGAACCAUGCCCUCAUGUUUAAAUAAUCUCACGAGCAUGGUUCAACAAGGAUUUUUACCUCCGCCAAACGUACAUCCCUUUACAACUCAAUGGUAUCAUUCAAGAAGUGCGCAUCCAGAUAUCAUUUAUGAGUACUACGUUGACCAUGCAAUGAUCGAGUGGCAAGGAGAUGAGCGUGAAUUCUUUAGGAAUUUGGGAUUGUUGAAGAGCAUUGACCUAUCAAGCAACAACUUAACAGGACAUAUCCCAUACGAAAUUACCAAUCUUUUUGAAUUGAUUGCACUAAACUUAUCAAAGAACGCUCUAGUUGGAGAGAUUCCUAGGAACAUUGGUCAGAUGAAAAAACUCAUAGCUUUGGAUAUAUCUAGAAACAAUUUAACAGGAGGGAUACCAUCAAGCAUGACUCAAAUGACUUUUUUGGGUUACCUAGAUGUGUCAUAUAAUAACUUGUCAGGGAGAAUCAUAUCUAGCACUCAACUCCAGUCGUUUGCACCUUCAAGAUACGAUGGAAAUGCGGGACUAUGUGGGCUUCCCCUCUCCAAAAAAUGUCUUGGAGAUGAAGAACCCAUCAUUGGAAAAAGUGAAGAUGAUGGGGAAGAUGAAUUUUGGGGAUGGUUCUAUAUUGGCGGGGGUACUGGUUUUGCUACUGGAUUUUGGAUAGCAAUUGGGGCUUUACUUUUCAAUCGUCGAGGGAGACAUGCUUUUUUUCACUUUUAUGAUAGCUUCAAAGAUUGGGUUUAUGUGAAGGUGGUGGUGUUCAUUUUAAAAUUGCAAAGGGAAAAAUAUACAUAA